AUGACAUUGAGUACAUCUUCGAACUUCGAAGCUAAUGCUGCUAGCGGUCAGGCCGCCAGCAAUCCUUCAACAAAAAGCACCCCUUCUGCUCCUUUGCCGUUUGGUUUCGUCGGCAGCUUGAAGAACUUCAAGAUUCCAAAACGUGAAGAAGUAAAAGAGACUGGGAAAGAAAAAGAAGCGGCACCGUCGAAUCCAGCACCGCAAGUCGCACCAACACCACCACCUCUGCCAACACCUGCACCUAAUCCUCCCCCGCUGCCUGCGAAAGCAUCUAUGCCAAGGAAAAGUUCUGCUCCGAUUCCACCACCUCCCAUGAUUCCACUUCCUCGCCAGCCACUGCUCAGUACUCCUCCGUCAGGGCCUACAGGGAUGCCAAUGGGUGCCGGUCCACUUCGAAAGCCGCCAACGCUUCCCGAUCACAGAGAUAGAAGGCCAUCAAUGAUUGGUGCACCUCCAUUCCGGGGAAGUAUGUCAUCAAUACCGCUGCCAAAAGGUCCACCACCACCUCAGGCGACUCCUACUGGGGGCGGGACUUGGAUACGCCCUCCUUCGCACAUUCCUACUCAAAGUAUCCGGUAA